CCCAAAUUUCUCUAAUCAUGCAACUAACAUUCUCAGAUUCCUCCAAUAACCUAUCCAGAAAAAGAAAAACAUGGUUGAAAAAGAAAAACAAAAAGAAAACAAAUCCAGAUCUGAGAAUAAAUCAUAAUUUCAUAAAAGAAAAUAGCCAUGACCAGAUUAAUAAAAAAAGAGGUUGAUAUUUCAUACACCAUUAACACCGAAGUGGGUGCAGUUUUAGCAGCCCUUAGAAAAAGUUAUGACCCGUCCAACACCGAAGAAAUUUACCAUGACACUACUAUCCAACAACAAUCCUUAAAAUCUUUAAGAUCCCUUCUUUUCAAUCCUCAACAAGAAUGGCAAUUGGUAGAUCCUUCCAUCUACCUGUCUCCCUUCCUAAAUAUCAUACAAAGCGACGGUAUCCCAGCUUCAGCAACAAGCAUUGCUUUGUCUUCCCUCAUCAAACUUUUGAAACUUCGAGUUUUCCAAGACAAGACACCAGGAGCUCAAGAAGCAAUGAAUUCUUUGGUAAUGGCUGCUACAAGCUGCAGGCUCGAGAGGACAGACCCAUUAAGCGAGGAAGCGAUUCUGAUGAAAGUCCUUCAACUGCUUAAUGCUGUCAUGACGCACCCAGCCUCUCGCCUUAUCAGAAAUGAAUCUGUCUGUCGGGUUGUUAACACUGCCUUUCAAGUUGUGCAGCAAUCAUCAAACCGUGGAAACUUGCUUCAGAGAACUGCUAAAUUUGUUAUGCUCGAGAUAUGUCAAACCGUGUUCUCAAGAUUGAAUAACAUAGAAGUCAAGGAAGGGGAAAAUUCCGAGUCUGAUUCAGAGGAUAUGGAUGAUAAUGACAUUGUGAAUUCGGGGUUUAGUCUUCGAUGUGUGGUCGACAUUUUUCAAUUCUUGUGUUCUUUGCUAAAUGUGGUGCAAACGGUUGAGAUUGAUGGGGUCGUAACUCAAUGCAAUGAUGAGGAUAUUCAGAUCUUGGCUUUAGUUUUGAUCAACACAGCACUGGAAUUAAGUGGUGAUGGAUUUUCCAAGCACCCAAAACUUUGUAGAAUGAUUCGAGAUGAUCUCUUUCACCACUUAGUCUAUUAUGGGACUCGUACUAGCGCCCUAAUCUUGUCGAUGAUCUGCAGCACCGUCUUAAAUUCGUAUCACUUCCUUCGUGGAUUUCUAAGGCUUCAGCUUGAAGCAUUCUUCAACUUUGUUCUAUUCAGAGUUGCAAAGUUCGGGAGCUCAAUGCAAUAUCAAGAAGUAGCGUUGGAAGGCAUCAUCAAUCUAUGCAGACAACCCGAUUUUUUGAUUGAGACUUACAUAAAUUAUGAUUGUGCUUUAACGUGCAGCAACGUGUUUGAGGAUAUAGGCAAGCUGCUAUGCAAAUUGGCAUUUCCAUUGACUGGCCCUUUAACAAGUUUGCAACUCCAAGCCUUCGAGGGAUUAAUCAUAGUCAUUCACGCCAUUGCGGAUAAAGUAAAAAGAGGAGAUGAAGUUUCCAUUGAACCACUCCCGGUUCAACCUUCCGAGUGUUCACCAAUUUGGGAAGAGCCAGUUAGAAAACAGGGGGAAUUCGAAACAUGGAUACGUCAUUUACAGUUAAAGAAAGCACAAAAGCGGAAAGUAUUGAUUGCUGGUACCCAUUUCAACGAAGAUGAGAAAAAAGGUCUCGAGUACCUUAAAAUUUCUAGCUUGAUUCCUGAUCCACCAGAUGCUAAAGCAUUCGCCUAUUUCUUUCGUUUCACUCCUGGGCUCGACAAGACAGCAAUAGGAGAUUAUCUUGGUGACCCAGAAAAUUUUCACCUACAAGUGCUGAAUGAAUUCACUUGCACUUUUGAUUUUACCGGUGUAGUUCUUGACACUGCAUUAAGAACUUACCUAGAGACUUUCAGACUCCCCGGAGAAUCCCAGAAAAUCCACAGGAUUCUUGAGGCUUUCUCGGAGAGAUUCUUUAACCAGCAAUCGUCUGAAAUAUUCGAAACCAAGGAUGCAGUGUUUAUCCUUUGCUAUUCUCUCAUCAUGUUGAACACAGACCAACAUAACCCACAAGUAAAGAAGAAAAUGACCGAAGAUGAAUUCAUCAGAAACAAUAGGGCUAUUAACAACGGGAAGGACCUUCCUCGAGAGUAUCUAUCAGAACUAUUCCAAUCUAUUGCCACACAUGCGAUAGCCAUUUUUGUUCAAACAACCUUGUUGGUUGAGAUGAACCCUAGUCGUUGGAUCGAGCUGAUGAGUCGAUCAAAGUAUAUUCAGCCCUUCAUAGCCUGUGAUUUCAAUCAUAGACUAGGGAGAGACAUGUUUGCCAGCAUAGCAGGCCCUACACUAGCAGCUCUCUCCGCAAUUUUCGAGCAAGAGGAUGAUGAGGAUGUCCUCAAUGAGUGCAUAGAAGGAAUCGUUCAAGUGGCUAAAAUUGCAAGACACGGUCUUGAGGACAUCCUUGAUGAGCUAGUAGCCUCGCUCUGCAAAUUUACGACCCUAUUGAAUCCAUAUGCAUCCUCAGAAGAAACUUUAUUUUCGUUUGCCAAUGAUAUCAAGUCACGGAUGGCAACUCUUGCGGCUUUCACCAUUGCAAAUAAAUUCGGAGAAUCCAUCAGAGGAGCUUGGAGAAAUAUCAUUGAUUGUCUGUUGAAGAUGAAAAGGCUUAAGCUAUUACCCUCGUCUUUAGUUGACUACGAAACCUUAGUGUCUACAGAGGUUGGAUCCCACUCAAGAUCUAUUAGCGAGGACUUAAACUUCAGUAAUGGCAGAGGAAGCAGCUCCACGGCUACAAGCCGACUUUCAAAUUUAUUAUUAGAGAGUAAUGAGGACUCGCUAGUUCUCGGUGGCGAGUUUGAGCAUAGCCUGAAACUCAUAGAGCAAUGUCAAAUCGACAAAAUUUUCAGAAAUUCAUCAAAGUUACCGGUAGACACAUUGCUCAAUCUCGGAAGAUCUCUAAUCUUUGCGGCUACAGGAAAAGGACAGAAAUUCACCUCUGCAGUAGAGGAGGAAGAAACAGUCAUUUUCUGCUGGGAUCUAGUAGGAGCCAUUGCUUAUGCAAAUAUUGACAGAUAUUCCACAUUUGGACCGGCUUAUAAUGAAUACAUUAUUGCAGUUACUCAAUUCCCUCUUUUUUCUCCUGUGCCUUUCGCGGAAAAAGGAGCAAUAAUCCUCUUCAAAUUGUGUGUCAAAUUGCUAUCGACUUACCAAACUGACAAGUACCCUGAAGAAAUCAUGUUCAAGUCGAUCAACAUGAUGUGGAAACUUGACAAGGAAAUUUUAGAUACGUGCAGCGAUAUAAUCAUCCAAACAGUAUGCAAAAUUUUAACGAAAUACCCAGGUAAUGUACAAACACAAAUCGGCUGGAAGACACUCCUGCAUCUGUUGUCAGCCAUUGGUCGACUUCCUGAAAACUAUGAUCGAGCAGUAGAGGCAAUAAUUCAUCUAUUAUCCGAUGAAAAAAACUUGUCCGGAAUAAAUUAUGCAUAUUGCAUGGACUGUGCUUUUGGUUUUGUUGCUCUCAGAACUAGUCUGGUGGAAAAGAACAUACUGAUAAUGGAUUUGAUGGCGAAUUCUGUGAAUUUGCUGAUACAAUGGAGCAGAGAGCAUUCUGACCCAGGAAGCAGUAUCAGCAACACAAGCAUUACAAGCAGUUCUUCAAUGGAAGAUGGUAUAAGAUCUAGCAAUUUCACCUUAAAUUUAUUUGUCAAACUAGGAGAAGCCUUGAGAAAGACUAGUCUAGCACGACGAGAAGAGGUAAGAAACCAUGCAGUAGCAAGUCUCAAAAAGAGUUUCGAACUCGCACUAGGCCUAGCCUUCACAUCAACUAACUGUAUAAACUGUCUUAACUAUGUGGUCUUCGCCAUGGUCGAUGAUCUCCAUGAAAAGAUGUUGGAUUACUCGAGGCGAGAUAAUGCAGAGCGAGAAAUGAGGAGUAUGGAGGGUACCUUGAAGAACGCGAUGGAGCUGUUAAAAGACUUGUUUUUGCUGUACUUGAAGUCGAUAUGUGAUAAUCCAGGAUUCAGGACUUUCUGGUUAGGAUUGUUGAGGAGGAUGGAUACUUGCAUGAAGGCGGAUUUAGGUGCACAUGGUCCAUCGAAAAUGCAGGAUGUAGUCCCGGAGUUAUUGAAGAAGAUGAUUGCUGCAAUGAAAGACAAUGAAGUUUUGGUGCCAAAAGAAAACGACGAUCUUUGGGAGAUUACAUACAUCCAAAUUCAAUGGAUUGCUCCAGCAAUCAAGGGGGAGCUCUUUCCUGAUGUACCUUCCUGAUUAUUUUUUUUGGCCUGGCUUGCUUGUUAUUACUAUUUUUACCAAUUAAUACAACAGAAUCAUCUUUGGUUCAAGCUUUUGGAAUUCUUUCAGAUCUUUCAUAGAUCUUGCAGGCAACUAAUUAUGUUUUAUUAAUACUAACAAAGUUAAGGUUACAGAAAGCAUUGUUACCUUGAACGACAAAGGGUUUGGAAUGGGAAA